GUUUGGAACUGCGCAUUAUAAUUUUAUGUUUUUAUUACGUUGACACAAAAAACAGUUGUUGGUUUACAACUUAUCCAUGUACUCAGCAAGUGAUCUGAUUUCAUGUAUAUUUUUAAAAUACAGCUGUUAGAUUGUAAUUGGUUGUUUCAAAGUGAAAAAGGCGUUGUCUGGGAUUCCCCGGUAACGUAGUAAAAAUAGAAAAAAAAAUUAUUGAUUAAAGCGGAAGGUACAGUGAAAACAAACUGCACAGCAGGAAGUUGAAGGCAACUAUUCAAAGCAACUAAAGAAAAUGUCUGAAUCAAAUGCUGUAACACAGCUAAAUGUUGAAGGAGAAAGUGUAAGAAAGAAUGAGAGCAGUGAUUCAAAAGAAUGUUCUUCUCUUACAAGACAUCCAGAAAUGUCGCAGGCAGAAAUAAGCAAAGACUCAAAAAUUGAUGAACUUAUUGGUUCAGUCGAGAAGAUAUCCCUAGGUGAUGAGCUUCAGCACCAGCUUGAUGCCUUGCAGUGCCCAUUCACUUGGGAAAUGAAAGAUAUGCUGAUUCACAAAUCGCCAGUAAAUGUCAUAACGAGGUUAGAGGAGAAAGAAGAAGAGCUAGAUGGUGAAGAAGGAGCAAUUUUAUUGCUACGACAAUGCGGCCUGCAGCUUGCUUUGUGUUACGAGAACUGGUACAAAGGCGAUAUUGCUGCAGCUCGUGAACGCCAGCACACUUGUGACAGUUUAAUAGGAAAUGAGGAUGCUCCUUAUUUGGAUGGCCUGAAACAUAUUAGUAGAUCUUGUGCAGUACAUCUUGCGUAUCUGUCAGGAAUGGUAUCAGAUGCUCGCACAUUACUGAAGACAGUUAUUCCUUUCAAGGAACUUAAUGAUGUUAGUAAAGCCUGUGUUGUUGGAAUGAGAGGGAUUGUUCUAAUGGAAUAUGGAUAUCAGGGAACAAGCCAGUCAGUACCAUACAUUGAACAAGCAUUAGUUCUGGAUCCAUCAAGUGCUGAAUGGCACUUUUUGCUUGGAAAAUCUCUUCGUCGAUUGAGGAGAUUAAAUGCAUUUAAUGAAAUUCCAGACAAAAGGGAAUUAAAAGCAUUAGAAAAAGCUGUUGAAAUGUCACAGUGCUCAGGAUAUUGUACAUUUUUGGCACAGACCUAUAGAGAGACUGCUUUCAGAGUUUACUCACUAAACAGAAAUGAUCUUUCUCCCUUUAAGCAAACAUUAGACAUCAUGAAUGAGAAAGCAGCUGAAUAUUACAGAAAGUCCCUAAUGAUGGCACCAGACUCAUCACACAUUAAUAUCCGUUGUGCACUGGGAUUCCUGACUCUGCCAUUUCCAUACCGUGAUGUAAAAUUGGCCAAAAGUUGCAUUGAUAAAGCUCUAAAAUUGGCGCCAAACAACGCAAUGGCUCAUCAUGUAGAAGGAAAGUAUUUUGAGCGAAUAGGUGACUUGGAGGCAGCAAAAAGUUCAUAUAAAACUUCAGGAGGGUAUGGUGCAUAUGGCGCAUACAUGGAUUAUUUACGGUUGGAGUUCAAAACGAACCCAAAGUUUGAUCCAGCGCCAUUGUUUAAAAAAAUGAUGGAAGUUUUUAUUGAGGAACCUUACAGAGUCGGAACAUUAUCACAGAUAGGGUGCUAUUAUUAUCUUAUAGAAAAUAAACUGAAGGAAGCUGUAACCUAUUGGCUACAAAUUAUAGAUGAGAAGCAUGAUACUACUCGACUAAGAGCAUAUAAGCCAGUCUGUGUGUUUAUAAAGAAACCAUUUGAUCUCCUUCAAGUCGCAUUGGAUGAGGUACGACUGGCUCUAUGUAAAGAGAAUGUACCAUCUGAAGAAAGAGAUCUGUAUGAGAGACUGAUUUCAAAGUUUGAAGGCACUGAACUACUGGAUAAUACGCCAGAAUCACACCGUCAGCAGAUAUUGGAAGAAUCAGAGAGUGUGUUGAGGGAAGAAGAAGAACGUGCAUCUAACUCGAGAGGAAGAGAAAGAGGUGGAAAGAGAGGUCGUGGCAAUUAUCAAGAGUAUAGAGGAGGUAGAGGGAGAGGGCGUGGCAAUUAUCAAGACUAUAGAGGGAGAGGAAGAGGUACAAGUGAAAGAGGAACAGGUAGAGGUUCAGGAUAUUACCACAGUAGUAAUCGUCGAGAUUCUAGUUGUGAAUCAAAUAGUAGCUCCAGAAGAUAUCGCCGUGACUCUAGCUGUGAAUCCAACAAUAGUAGCAAGGAUUGGAGGACAAUUAGGAAUAGGAGACCAUCUGAAGAAGAAAGCAGAGGGCCAAAUUAUGAGUUCAGAAGCAGUUCAAGAAAUCGUACGAACCAGAAAGAAUUUAGAAGAGGAGGUGGCUAUCGUGGCUCCUACGAUCGCGAUUCAAGCUGUGAUUCCACUGGAAGCCAAGGAUCCAUUCAGGGAAGAGGUGGUAGCAGAAGACAGUUCCAGGACCGCGAUGGAGAUUAUGACAGAAUGCGUGGAUCCAGCAACUGUUUUCAAAGGAAUACCAAAUUUAAUUGGAGAGAGGGCGCAGCUGUCCGAGAACCUUCCUAUGAAAGGCAGGAGAAGCCAAACCAUUACAGUCCAAGGAACAGGGGUAAUUGGCGUGAAAGACCUUCCAACAAUCGUGAGAGGAAUGACGGAGGGAGCUGUGGAGACUCCUCACGAGGUAAUCGACAGGCUUACAGGAACCACAGUUAUAACAGGAAUCGUGAUUCCAGUGCUGAUAGUUAUUCAUCUGAUAAUUUGGGUGAACGAUAUAAGAAGGAAUAUUCUAAUCAGAAUUUUCGAAAAUACAGGCACGAAAGUGGUUCAGACAAUGUAAAACAAGAAGAUAGUUCAUUUAACAGACGGUUUAAACUUGCUCAGACCGAUGACCAGCAAACAUCAAAAGAUUCACGGUCUGCUAGAAUGGGCACAGGAGGAAAUGAUGAAAUCCAACAGAAACUUAGAGCCAGAAAGGAAAUGUCACUCAGAAUGAGUGACCCUAACGUGAAUAAAAAUGAAGGGAGGGAAAGUAGUACCUAGCUCUGACAUUAAAUAACGAUAUUCAGUGCCCAUGUUGAGAAAGAAAACAGCUAAUAAAUGUAUGACACCAUAAACAAGUCAAAGUAAGCAUGCAGAUUAUUGUGAUAAUGUGGCUUUCUAAUGCAACAUGAAUGUAUAAUUGUGAUAAAUGUCUGUGAUAUGGAUUUAAUGAUUGACGCGUCACUAGUAUGUUAGUAUAUAUGUAUAUAUAUAUCUGUGUCUUUUAUUACAUGCAUCAAGAGCACUCUAGUUAACCUUGUUGUUUUGAGAUUGUUUAUCAGUAACAUUGAAGAAUCAUUGCUCUUCUUGCAUGCGCUAAAAGAGUAAAAUGUGUAUUUGCUCCAUUGUAAUUUUGCUGAUAGUUUUAUCACAUUCAU